GUGGAGUAGUGGGAAAUUGCAGGUGAUUGUUGGUACGGUCGCAUUUGGUAUGGGAAUUAACAAGCCAGAUGUCAGAUUUGUCGUCCAUCACAGCUUGAGCAAAUCAAUGGAGACUUACUACCAGGAAAGUGGUCGAGCGGGAAGGGAUGGACUUCCUUCUGAAUGCGUUCUUUUCUUUAGACCUGCUGAUGUUCCUAGGCAGAGUUCUAUGGUCUUCUACGAGAAUUCUGGAUUGAAAAAUCUGUAUGACAUAGUACGUUAUUGUCAGUCUAAAAGAGAGUGCCGUCGAAGUGCUUUCUUCCGACAUUUUGCUGAGCCUUUACAAGAAUGUAACGGAAUGUGUGACAACUGUGCCUUUUCAAAUGAGGUGAAAGAGCUGGAUGUCUCAAGUCAUGCAAAACUCGUUGUCUCUAUGCUGAAAGAUAUACAAGAGAAUGAUCAGAGGGUCACAAUGUUGCAACUGGUGGAAAAGCUAAAGGUUAAUCAGAAGAACCUAGGUUCUGAUCUGAAAAAAGAUGAAUUGGAGCAACUUGUCAUCAAGCUUAUUUUGGAUCAUGUUCUUAAAGAAGAAUAUCAGCAUACUGCCUAUGCAACAAAUGCUUAUGUCACAGUAGGACCUCUGGCAAUGCAAGUAUUGCAAGGUAAGAAAAUUAUUACGGUUGAGAUGUCAACUAGACAAUCAAGGACCUCGAGCAGUAUGAGAUCAUCCAAACGAGAAAGAUCAUCAGGAUUGGAUGAUAAGCUUGACGAGCUGCGAAAAGAACUCGCAUCCAUCCAUGGGGGAAUAUUCCCUCAUUCUGUAUUAUCUAUGCAACAAAUCAGUGCCUUGACUGCACAGAAACCAAAAUCAAUUGAAGAGUUGGAGAAGAUUAUUGGCAAGUUGAAGACUGAAAAAUAUGGGAGCAGAAUUCUUGAAGAGAUUGCCAGUUAUAAGUCUGACCCCCAACAAGAUGCAGAUGGCAAAGAGAGCAAAGGCAAUGCUGUUAAGAAGUUGAAAACCAAGAAAGCUCUUGUAGUCCUUGAAAGUAGUGAAGAUGAAGCAUGAAAAUACGUCAUGCAUUAGGAAGGUUUUGGAAAUUCUCAUUUUUCUGGAAAUAUGAUGAUAUAACUUGUGCAUAAUAUCUAAUAUGCAGUGAAUGGCGAAUGAAAUUUUGUAUGAAGUGGGCUUACUUAGACGGUAGUUUACCCAUCGAUCUUGCAGCGAAA